AUGAAGCUCAACAGCUUCAGCGUCGUUGGUAUCGUCUUAGCACCUGGUGCGUUUGCUUCCGCCCACGUUCCUAUCGGUGUAGACUUCCCAGCGUCAUUGGAUACCGCAGUCGCCGACCCCGUCACAAGAACCAAAUCAGCUACAGCGUUCUCCGUCUACCCAGAUCAUCUUCCUGACCCUUCCAAAGUUGAGAAGACAAUCAUCAUCGCCAUCCCAGGCCAGACCACGAUCACCUCUUACGAGAAGAGCUACACCACCAUCUCGGCAACCAACUUCAGUGCGGUCGUUUCCUCUAGCGCCUUAGGCUCUUCGAAUGCCUCUUUCUCCGCUCCUACGAUCUCGGUGACCCUCCCAGCUCUAACCUCCACUUCCACCCAUACCACUCACACCCCACACACCAACGCUACCUCGACUUCUGCCGUUACUACAAGAACCGAGGUCACUACGUCCAAGACAGUUUCCGUCCCAGUCUCUACAACCUCGGCUGCCGCUGCCGCUCCAAGCUUGGCUACCGCACUUGGACUCGGUGGUUUCAUUGGUGCUGCUAUGAUGGCCAUCUUGUAG